UCCUUGCUCUUAACUGUCCGGCAGUUUGGGCCGGGUGGCGCUACACGACCACCGUUUCUGUUCUCAUUUCUUAUGCGAAUCAGUUCGUAUCUGUUUCCUGUAUUUCAUUAAUUUUCACAGAGGUUUAAUGAAACUCUUUGUCUGGUGGCUCAGAGACGCCCCCUCUCUCUUUCUCUGCAGUUUCCUGGUAAACAAAGCGCGGACACUCUGCCACCACACGGUCUGAGUCGACCGACUUCAGCGACCGUCUAAAGACAUGCUCUCAGUGAGGAGACCAUUCACAGCAGACCACUUAAUAAAGUUGCACGCGGCGCUCUGGAUCGUCCCGCUAGCCGCAGUGUUGUCUCAGAAGGCGGGUUUUUGCCGAGGCUGCUCCAGCUCGGAGGGUUUGCUCCUGUGCAGGUCCUGCGGUCAUGAGGUGGCUUUGGAGAAAGACCUGAGUUUCGUCCCGAGUCGCCUGGCGCUCUCUCACCGGAACAACACCGUGAUCGGAGAGCGGAGGAUCACCGUGCAGCUCUUCGAAAACCCUCAAGGAUUUCAGUUCGAGGUGAUCACGUUUAAAAAGGCAGACGUGUUGAAGCACUGGCCGGCGGAUAAACACUUCACCUGGUUUCCAGGUUUUUCCUGGACUGUAGCCACCUGUCCGCGAUGCAAAACACACCUAGGCUGGGCGUUUCAACCGAGCGACUGGCCUCAGACAGUGACGAGACAAGACUUUGAGAACUCAGAUCAAACUUUUGUAGCACUCAUUGUUCAGAGAUUACUGCAGGAACAGUUUGCAUCCAGCCUCCUGAUGACUCCAAACUCUUUCAGAAGUUGACUAAUCAAACUUUCAAAGUUUUAAUCUUGAACAAUGUUACUCUUUCUGACCAAAGGGCUUAAUGAAAAUAGAAAAGCUUAAAAAGUCAAUUUGACAGGAAGGCAGAAAAUGCACUCUGAACAGGGUCAGACUGGACCCCCCCUCAAAAAACAAAAAAACAAAAGAUAAGUCUUUUUUCUGUACAAAGUGUUGCUUUUUUUUCACCUUAGCUAUUACAGUUGGAAAAGUCUCAAACAUGGUGUUCACAUUAAGUUUUAUUUUAAACAAAGCAAACUCAACAGCUAAUUUUCUCCUGUGAGAAGUAUAAGGUUAGUAGAACAUACACCACACAAAACUUAACCAAGGCAGUGGGGGGCCAAAAUUUACAAGCAUGAUAAUUUUUUUAGGGUUUUUUUUUUUUGGAUUUUAUUUUUUUUCUUUAUCAAAAAUGUCAUUUCAAAUCUGAUGAAUGUCUGUAAAACAAGACAAAAUUUAAAAAAAGGACUCCAAAUGGUGUCCAAGUACCCUCUUUCCUCCCUCAGCCCUCACUGAGACUUAGCCCUCCUGAACUGACAAAGGUUACAGAGGGGACAGGAAUGAGCUUGUGAUUAAUCUGUUGCUGAAACCACAACCCAGAGGAAAAACAAAACAAAAAGAGAGUAAUAAAAUAAAAUUAAUCAUUAACAGGUUGUAACGCCAUGAGUAAAGUAACAAAGCCGUGAAGGAGGAUGCUAGAACUAGCACAUCACUACGCACCAUGGCUUUUGUUCAUUUAACCACACAAACAGGAAGAAUUAUGCAUAUACAUUUAUAUAUAUAUA